AUGAAUAUACCAAAAUUUAUUUAUGAUGACGUUAAUUUAUUUCCUACAUUAUUAAAUGAUUUAUUUCCAAAUAUUCAUUGUCCAGAAGCAUCAUAUAAAAAUUUAAAUCGAAUUAUUAAAGAAGUAUUAAUCAAACAACAAUAUAUUUUAGUUUCAGAACAAUUGGUCCAACAAGGUAAAAGAAUUUAUUAUCAUUAUUAA